ACUAACAUAAAACACCGCCGGCACAUUUCAGAACUCUAUUGUUAUAAAUUUCCCUUCAAAAUGUUGAACGUCCUCAAGAGACUUGAAAACCCUAAGAGACCCUUACUUGGGCCCAACGUUAAGGCACUAAAAUUUUGGGGAUUACUCCUCCCAGAGAAUAUCUACAUGAAGUAUUUCUACCUGCUCAUGCAUGUGCUCGUAACAAUCUUUACGGCUACCGAAUACGUCGACAUCUGGUUCAUCAAAUACGAUCUCAACCUUAUCCUAAACAACUUAAAGAUCACAAUGCUGGCAACCAUGAGCGUUUUAAAAAUCACCACCUUUUUGUAUUGGCAGCAGCACUGGAAAGACAUCAUUGAAUACGUCACUAGAGCAGAUGUGGCUCAGCGAACAACCGAUGACGUCGAAAAGAAUGUCCUUAUCACCAAAUCUACCAGAUACUGCCGCAAAAUUACGUUGUUCUAUUGGUCUUUGAUGUACACUACGGUGGUGAUUGUGAUCUUUCAGCCGAUCUUCAAGUAUUUCUUGGCGAGAAAUUACAGAGAAAACGUGAAGAAUGGCACGGAUAGUUAUUUACAGGUGGUCAGUUCAUGGGUGCCAUGGGACAAAAGCACGAUCCCAGGAUAUUUGACCGCGUCAGCUUUCCAGUCCUACGCAGCAAUAUAUGGUGGAGGCUGGAUCACAUCUUUUGAUAGCAACGCCAUGGUCAUCAUGGUGUUUUUCAAAGCUGAAUUAGAGCUGUUGAAGAUUGAUUGCUCUAACAUGUUUGGGACUGAAACGAAGCCGGUUUCUGAUGAAGUGGCAUUGAAGAGGCUCAAGGAUUGCCAUAGGAGACAUGUAGAGUUGCUCAAAUAUUCCCGCUUGUUCGAUGCUUGUCUAUCGCCAAUAAUGUUGUUAUACAUGUUCGUUUGCUCUGUAAUGCUGUGUGUCACUGCUUAUCAAAUUACUUCGGAGACGAGCGCUAUGCAGCAGUUCUUGACUACUGAGUACCUUGUGUUCGGUAUAGCGCAGCUGUUUAUCUAUUGCUGGCACAGCAACGACGUUUAUUAUGCAAGUCUCCAACUCAGCCAGGGUCCAUACGAGAGCCUCUGGUGGUGCAGAGAUGUCUCCCAUCGCAAGAACCUGUACAUCCUCACAGCUCAGUUCAGCCAAGUCGUGGUCUUCUCAGCAGGACCGUUCACCAAGCUUACUGUGGCUACUUUCCUGAGCAUCAUAAAAGGAGCCUACAGCUACUACACUCUUCUAAGUAAAUCACAGACUAAAUAAAAAAAAUAUCUGUGUUAUAAUCCAAAAUAAAGUACCAUCACCUGUCGACAUAAAUGUUUAUAUGGCACCAAUUUCUAGUGCUUUAAGAAAGUUGAUCAUGAUUUCAGUCAUUAACGCCUUUUCAACUCUAGAUUAUAAAUGCUCUAAAUUAUCACUAUAACGGGAUUUGAUUGCACACAAACACUACACUUUUAAAAAGGUAAAAAGGUUUUUACCUUCCCGGACGUUUCGACUCGGUUGCACGAGUCAUGGUCGCGGGCUGACUGAAGGGAUGCGGCGUCGUCUGCUCCGGCGCGAUGAAUUUUCUUCACCCACCCGCAUUUGCACAAUAUUUUCGUCCGUGGUAGUGUUUGUUAUAGUAAGAAU